AUGGUCGCUGCCAAGGAAAGUGUGCAGCCAUCCGAGUCGGCCAACGUCGUCAUGACGCCUGGCGUCGCCGGCCGGUCGCCCAACGCCGCCGACUACACGGACGCCGACGAAGAGAUCCGCCUCGAAGAAGAAGACAAGACGUUUGCCAAUCUCCCGUGGCACAUGAAGCUGCUCUGGGGCACCUUUUACUUUGUCCUGGCCAUGAGCUCGCUCUACUUUUUCAUGGUCGCCGUCAAGUGGAUCGGCGAGUCGUUCUCGCUCCUCCUCGGCUGCGAAGCCAAGUCGGCGUUUGCGUUCGCCGACAACCCGAUCGCCGGCCUCAUGGUCGGCGUCGUCUCGACCGCCAUUCUGCACUCGUCCGGCACGGUCACGUCCAUCACGGUCGCGCUUGUGGGUGCCAAGGGCCUCACGGUGCGCCAGGGCGUCCCGAUCAUCAUGGGCGCCAACGUCGGCACGUGUGUGACGUGCAUCAUGGUGGCGUUCGCGCAGAUGGGCAAGCGCGACCAGUUUGAGCGCGCGAUGGCGGCCGCCACCGUCCACGACAUGUACAACAUCUGGUCGGUCAUUGUCCUCUUCCCGAUCGAGUUGCUCUUCCACCCGCUCGAGCUCCUCUCCAUGUCCAUGUCGGGUGGCAAGGCCAACGCGUACUUCGAGUCGCCUGUCGAUAUCAUUGUCAACCCGCUCGCGUCGCUCCUCAUCAAGGCCGACAAGAGCAUGAUUGAAAAGGUCUCGCUCGGCAAGGUCACGUGCGAGAAGGCCAAGUUUCUCAAGGGCGGCGCGUUCCUCGACUCGUACAAGAGCGGCUCGAUGAGCGGCGGCGCCAUCGGUGGCAUCUGCCUCGCGAUCGGCUUUACGCUCCUCGUGCUCUCGCUCGUCUCGCUCGUGUACAUGCUCCAGAAGCUCUUCCGCGGCUCGGCGCAAAAGACGAUCCGCAAGGCGCUCGACUUUAACGGCUACGUCAACAUCUUCCUCGGCACGCUCAUCACGUUCUGCGUGCACUCGUCGACGGUGGUCACCUCGACCUUGACGCCGAUGGCCGGCCUCGGGCUCAUCACGCUCGAGCAGGUCUACCCGAUCGUGAUUGGCGCCAACCUCGGCACGACGGUCACGGCGCUGCUGGCCUCGUGGGUGACCGGGUCGCCGGACGCGGUCGCGAUUGCCCUCGUGCACUUUUGGUUCAACAUCUGGGGCAUCUUCCUCUUUUACCCGAUCCCGAUCACGCGCAAGCCGAUCCUCGACUGGGCGCGCCGCCUCGCGUUCUACAGCGCGCGCUGGCCCGUGGUCGCGGGUCUCUUCCUCGUGUUGCUCUUUCUGAUCGUGCCGGGCAUCGCGCUCGCCUUGACGUACCUCUUCAAGGCCGGCACGGUCGGCCUCGUCUUUGGCAUCAUCAUCGUCGCCGGCGUCGUGCUGAGUAUUGCGGGCUUUUACUUUUGGUACCUCAAGAAGGGCGGUCGCGAAGUGUGGCACGCCUUCUUGGAGCGCAAGGGCGAGGCCCACGCCGCCAAGCACGCGCACGCGCACGCGGCGGCCGACAAGCCGCUCGUUUAA